CCCUGGGGCUGCAGUUGGGAGAGAGGACUCCCCCUAGUCCUCUCUCGCUGCAGCAGCCUGGGGCACAGGGAGAGGUGCCUUUCACCGGCUGCGGCAGCUCCGGCUGGCCAGGGCUGGACCGAGGGAGGGGCGCCUCUCCCCUGGCCAUGGCAGGUCUGCGCUGGGGCCCGGCGGGGAGAGCACCUCUCCUCACUGCAGCCGAGCCCCUAUGUGGGGCUUAAUAGGCAGCUGUGCGGCUGCACAGCUUAUAUGGAACUUGGGUCAAAGCCUCCUGCCCUAGGUCCUUCCCAGCAACCCAAGCUCAGGCCUUCCCCAGCCGCUGCAUCUGGCUCAUGAUGAGCCAGUGGUGGCUAGUCCCCCUUUGUUUGCUGUCCUGGGUGGGGCAGCAGCUCCCCAGAGCCACCUGACCCCGCUCACAGGAUUUGUAGGUUCAAUUGCGGAGCAGGGAGGUGAAACCCCCAUAGCCACAGCUGGUCUCUGGCCAUCCAACUCCCCUGAGCUCUGCACUAGUCAUCAGCCCCAGAAUAGGCCAUCUGGAGUCCUUGCUUAGCACAGGCGCAGUGACACCCGGCCUUUGCCAGCAACUAAUCCCACCCCAUUUCCCACCUGUGCCCAGCUCCUUCCAGCCAGGCCAGGCCAGAGCUCCGUCCGAGUGACCCCAGCACAGCCAGGGCGCUUCUCUUGUCCCGCCCUUUCCCAAGAGACUCAAGAGUGUCUCAUUGCCCCAAAAUCAAAACUUCACUGCAUUUUAACCAAAACUGCCCCAAAUGCCACAGAACUGAAAGGCAAAUAAGGCCAGGCCCCGGCAGUCAGCUCCCCAGCAGAUGGCAGCAGAUAGCCCCCCUUGGAGCCCUGUCUCACCCCGUGUCCCCCCUGCUCCCUGGGGUGCAGUGGGGAGCUCCCUGCUCUCUAGGGCUCCAGAGCUCGCAGCUCCCACAGGAACUUCCUCCUGAGUUCGCCUCUGGCGGCAGCACUAGUCCUGCUGCCAGCUCUGCUCCUGCAGUCUGAGCCCUUCCCUGUCUCCCGUCCCAGGAGCUUGGGGCUCUUGGCAGCGAGAGCCUGGCUUGUUCUCUGGGCCCUGGGGCCAUGGCAAGACGUCCCGUCAGCGAGAGCCCAGCUUGUUCUCUGGGCCCUGGGGCCGGGGCAAGACGUCCCGUCAGCGAGAGCCCGGCUUGUUCUCUGGGCCCUGGGGCCAUGGCGACAUGUCCCGUCAGCGAGAGCCCGGCUUGUUCUCUGGGCCCUGGGGCCAUGGCGAGAUGUCCCGUCAGCGAGAGCCCGGCUUGUUCUCUGGGUGAACCGUCCCUUCAGCGAGAGCCCGGCUUGUUCUCUGGGCCCUGGGGCCAUGACGAGAUGUCCCGUCAGCGAGAGCCCGGCUUGUUCUCUGGGUGAACCGUCCCUUCAGCGAGAGCCUGGCUUGUCCUCUGGGCCCUGGGGCCGUGGCAAGACAUCCCGUCAGCGAGAGCCCGGCUUGUUCUCUGGGCCCUGGGGCCGUGGCAAGACAUCCCGUCAGCGAGAGCCCGGCUUGUUCUCUGGGCCCUGGGGCCGUGGCGAGACGUCCCGUCAGUGAGAGCCCGGCUUGUUCUCUGGGCCCUGGGGCCAUGGCGAGAUGUCCCGUCAGCGAGAGCCCGGCUUGUUCUCUGGGCCCUGGGGCCGGGGCAAGACGUCCCGUCAGCGAGAGCCCAGCUCGUUCUCUGGGCCCUGGGGCCAUGGCGACACAUCCUGUCAGCGAGCCCGGCUUGCUCUCUGGGCCCUGGGGCCGUGGCGAGACGUCCCGUCAGCGAGAGCCCGGCUCGUUCUUUGGGCCCUGGGGCCGUGGCGAGACGUCCCGUCAGCGAGAGCCCGGCUCGUUCUCUGGGCCCUGGGGCCGUGGCGAGACGUCCCGUCAGCGAGAGCCCGGCUCGUUCUCUGGGCCCUGGGGCCGUGGCGAGACGUCCCGUCAGCGAGAGCCCAGCUCGUUCUCUGGGCCCUGGGGCCGUGGCGAGACGUCCCGUCAGCGAGAGCCCGGCUCGUUCUCUGGGCCCUGGGGCCAUAGCAAGACGUUCCGUCUGCGAGAGCCCGGCUUGUUCUCUGGGCCCAUGGCAAGAUGUUCCGUCAGCGAGAGCCCAGCUUGUUCUCUGGGCCCUGGGGCCAUGGCAAGACGUCCCGUCAGCGAGAGCCCGGCUUGUUCUCUGGGCCCAUGGCAAGAUGUUCCGUCAGCGAGAGCCCAGCUUGUUCUCUGGGCCCUGGGGCCGGGGCAAGACGUCCCGUCAGCGAGAGCCCAGCUCGUUCUCUGGGCCCUGGGGCCUUGGCGAGACAUCCCGUCAGCGAGAGCCCGGCUCGUUCUCUGGGCCCUGGGGCCGUGGCGAGACGUCCCGUCAGCGAGAGCCCGGCUCGUUCUCUGGGCCCUGGGGCCGUGGCGAGACGUCCCGUCAGCGAGAGCCCGGCUCGUUCUCUGGGCCCUGGGGCCGUGGCGAGACGUCCCGUCAGCGAGAGCCCGGCUCGUUCUCUGGGCCCUGGGGCCGUGGCGAGACGUCCCGUCAGCGAGAGCCCAGCUCGUUCUCUGGGCCCUGGGGCCGUGGCGAGACGUCCCGUCAGCGAGAGCCCGGCUCGUUCUCUGGGCCCUGGGGCCGUGGCGAGACGUCCCGUCAGCGAGAGCCCGGCUCGUUCUCUGGGCCCUGGGGCCGAGGCGAGACGUCCCGUCAGCGAGAGCCCGGCUCGUUCUCUGGGCCCUGGGGCCGUGGCGAGACGUCCCGUCAGCGAGAGCCCGCUUGUUCUCUGGGCCCUGGGGCCAUGGCGAGACGUCCCAUCAGCGAGAGCCCAGCUUGCUCUCUGGGCCCUGGGGCCGUGGCGAGACGUCCCGUCAGCGAGAGCCCGCUUGUUCUCUGGGCCCUGGGGCCAUGGCGAGACGUCCCGUCAGCGAGAGCCUGGCUUGUUCUCUGGGCCCUGGGGCCGUGGCGAGACGUCCCAUCAGCGAGAGCCCGGCUCGUUCUCUGGGCCCUGGGGCCGUGGCGAGACGUCCCGUCAGCGAGAGCCCGGCUCGUUCUCUGGGCCCUGGGGCCGAGGCGAGACGUCCCGUCAGCGAGAGCCCGGCUCGUUCUCUGGGCCCUGGGGCCGUGGCGAGACGUCCCGUCAGCGAGAGCCCGCUUGUUCUCUGGGCCCUGGGGCCAUGGCGAGACGUCCCAUCAGCGAGAGCCCAGCUUGCUCUCUGGGCCCUGGGGCCGUGGCGAGACGUCCAAUCAGCGAGAGCCCGGCUCGUUCUCUGGGCCCUGGGGCCAUGGCGAGACGUCCCGUCAGCGAGAGCCUGGCUUGUUCUCUGGGCCCUGGGGCCGUGGCGAGACGUCCCGUCAGUGAGAGCCCGGCUCGUUCUCUGGGCCCUGGGGCCAUGGCGAGACGUCCCGUCAGCGAGAGCCCGGCUUGUUCUCUGGGUGAACCGUCCCUUCAGCGAGAGCCCGGCUUGUUCUCUAAGCCCUGGGGCCAUGGCGAGAUGUCCCUUCAGCGAGAGCCCGGCUUGUUCUCUGGGCCCUGGGGCCGUGGCGAGACGUUCCGUCAGCGAGAGCCCGGCUUGUUCUCUGGGCCCUGGGGCCGUGGCGAGACGUCCCGUCAGCGAGAGCCCGGCUCGUUCUCUGGGCCCUGGGGCCGUGGCGAGACGUCCCGUCAGCGAGAGCCCGGCUUGUUCUCUGGGCCCUGGGGCCGUGGCAAGACAUCCCGUCAGCGAGAGCCCGGCUUGUUCUCUGGGCCCUGGGGUUAUGGCGAGAUGUCCCGUCAGCGAGAACCCGGCUUGCUCUCUGGGCCCUGGGGCCAUGGCGAGACGUCCCGUCAGCGAGAGCCCGGCUUGUUCUCUGGGCCCUGGGGCCAUGGCGAGAUGUCCCGUCAGCGAGAGCCCGGCUUGUUCUCUGGGCCCUGGGGCCAUGGCGAGAUGUCCCGUCAGCGAGAGCCCGGCUUGUUCUCUGGGUGAACCGUCCCUUCAGCGAGAGCCCGGCUUGUUCUCUGGGCCCUGGGGCCAUGACGAGAUGUCCCGUCAGCGAGAGCCCGGCUUGUUCUCUGGGCCCUGGGGCCAUGGCAAGACGUCCCGUCAGCAAGAGCCUGGCUUGUUCUCUGGGUGAACCGUCCCUUCAGAGUGAACCUGGCUUGUUGUCUGGGGCAUGGGGACAGUCACCUCUGCAGAGGGGGCAUGAGCUGGCGUCACCA